GCAAAGACCGUGGCGCACAGCAGCAGGCAGCAGCUGAGCGGAGAGAGAGGAGCGCGCAUGGAAAACGGUCUUGGAGAGACCAGAGUCAUUCCCAUCACUCUCCGCCGGCCAGUCAGACCGCAGACACAUCACAGGGUAACUGAAUGUUGCACAACAAAGGAAGAGAUAAAAAAGGAAAAUCAUAAGGACUGAUAAAACACCCGAGGACCGUCGCAGCAGGGGGACUUCCUAUACCUCCUUCACAUGGUACCAAGAUACAAGUUGGAUGUAUGCCGGAGAGAUGUGGAUUUUGGGGGACUGAAUGAUUUCACUACUCCGGAGUUUCAUUUUGGAUUCAGUUAUUUUUCAAGCCACCCCAAGACGUUGCUGUGGGUCCCGAGCUGUCCACAUCCACAGAGCGGAGCGCACGCUGUCUAAACAUUUUUAGAAAACAAGAAAAUUAACUGCGCCUCUGUUUCAAAGACGUCAACCCCAGAGAUUUUGCACUGCCAGAGAUCAUUUAGGUGGGUGGCCAAAAUAACUCUUGAAUGUUUAUGAAAGCUGAGGGGUCGUUUUGCUGCGUCCACACAAAUGGGCACGCAAACUAAAUAAAAAGGGGGGGAAAAAAUGACAUCGCAUCUGGAUUAUAGCGACAUGUCAGCAUAAAGAAAGAGCCGUGAUAUUGAUGCGCUUUCCUACAUACGAUGAAUAAAACAUUUAAGAUGCGUUUCUCUGAUAUGAAAAUCGACUGUUGAGACUUUUGAAUGAUGUUUUCAGCCUAAUCUUUUGGCUUACCGCUCAGGUGGAAACGUUGGCCGGAGGCUGUGCCAUGUAGUGACAGGGAGCUGCAUUCAAAGAAAUAAAAUAAAUAAAUAAAUAAAUAAAACGCAACACCUAGCAGCAGGGGUGGAUGAGCGUCGAUACAGGCACCAAUAUAAUCACACGGACACGCCUCGAGGAUCAUUAAACAAAUCAGAUAAACGCAGCGCGAAAACCAUCAAUAGAAGUUAUUGAUGAGGCGGUAUAUAAGGCUAAUGAUUGGCCAAGCCUCUGUUUACUGAACAGCUGGGCAACAAUAUGUUGUGAAACUUUCACUGAGGGCUUUGACAGCAGAGGCACACAGUGAGGACUUUUAAUGUAAUUUUUGUUUUUUUUGCUGCUGCUAUUCAUGACUACAUCUCUGACUGGAAAGAUAAUUGCAAACAACAGCUGGAAUACUCCUCAUCCUCUUCAAACUAGAAUGUCUGCUGCCUGUACUGCUGCUGCAGGAAUUUUUAAGGGGAACCUUUCCGAAGAGAUCUUUUUGCAAUAUUUAUAGCAGCUCUUGUGUAAGGAUGGUGGUUGUGACAAGGAGCCUAUGGAUGACCCAGUCCGUUGGAGAGCUGGUGCCGAGACAAUUGACCUCUCCACCAGCCACUCCAUCCGUCUAAAACUCCUCCCCAGAGAGGCACAGCUGCUUCAGGCUGGGGAUGUGAUGGGGUGACUGUUGACACCCCCCUCACCCACCCCCUCUCUCACUUUAUUAGCAGUGUAAUAUAAACAAUGGAUCAGAAUUUCUCAACGGUUCGAGAUGGCAAGCAGCUGCUACCCGAGAAAGACUCGUCCAAACGUGUGCUGACAGGAUGCUUCCUCUCCCUCCUGAUCUUCACUACGCUGCUAGGCAACACGCUUGUGUGCGCUGCCGUCACCAAGUUCCGACACCUGAGGUCGAAGGUCACCAACUUCUUUGUCAUCUCGCUGGCCAUCUCUGACCUUCUGGUGGCUAUCUUGGUAAUGCCUUGGAAGGCAGCAACCGAGAUUGUGGGGUUUUGGCCAUUUGGUGCUUUCUGCAACGUGUGGGUGGCGUUUGACAUCAUGUGCUCAACUGCCUCCAUCUUGAACCUGUGCGUGAUUAGUGUCGACCGUUACUGGGCUAUCUCAAGCCCAUUCCGCUAUGAACGCAAAAUGACCCCUAAAGUGGCAUGUCUGAUGAUCAGUGUGGCAUGGACCCUGUCCGUCCUUAUCUCCUUCAUUCCUGUUCAGCUUAACUGGCACAAAGCUCAGACCACCAGCUACGCAGAGCUAAAUGGAACAUACCCAGCUGAUCUGCCCCCUGACAACUGCGACUCAAGCCUUAACAGGACCUAUGCCAUCUCCUCCUCCCUUAUCAGCUUCUACAUUCCCGUAGCUAUUAUGAUCGUCACCUACACCCGGAUCUACCGUAUUGCCCAGAAACAGAUACGGAGAAUAUCUGCCCUGGAGCGGGCAGCAGAGAGUGCCAAAAACCGUCAUAGCAGCAUGGGGAAUAGUACGAACAUGGAGAGUGAGAGCUCAUUCAAAAUGUCGUUCAAGCGAGAAACCAAAGUCUUAAAGACGCUCUCAGUCAUCAUGGGAGUGUUUGUGUGCUGCUGGCUGCCCUUCUUCAUCCUUAACUGCAUGGUUCCGUUCUGUGAGCCAAACUUGCCGGACGGUGCUACGGACUUCCCCUGCAUCAGCUCCACCACCUUUGAUGUGUUUGUGUGGUUUGGCUGGGCAAACUCCUCGCUCAAUCCCAUCAUCUAUGCCUUCAACGCCGACUUCCGCAAGGCCUUCUCCAUCCUCCUGGGCUGCCACCGGCUCUGCCCAGGGAGCAACGCCAUCGAGAUAGUCAGUAUUAACAACAACAUGGGUGCCCCUACCUCAAACCCCAACUGUCAGUAUCAGCCCAAGAGUCACAUCCCAAAGGAGGGCAACCAUUCAGCCAGUUAUGUGAUCCCCCACAGUAUCCUGUGUCAGGAGGAGGAGUUACAGAAGAAGGAUGGAUGUGGAGGGGAGAUCGAGGUGGGGAUGGUAAACAACGCCCUGGAGAAACUCUCCCCAGCCAUCUCUGGGAAUUUAGACAGCGAUACUGAGGUCACACUGGAAAAGAUCAAUCCCAUAACACAGAACGGACAGCAUAAAGUCGUGUCAUGUUGAGGAAAGGCAAAGAUGGAUCUGAAUACACUGAGGCAAGUAUGUAUGCACAAAGGGAACAGCAAAAUAAACAAAAGAGACAGACAUUUGAGAACAUGCCUGACAGGGAAACAGUGAGUGCGAUAUACAGGACCUUAAGACUCUCAACAAAAAUCUACAUGGGAAAACCUACAGAAUGUUUUAAAGUAAAGGCACUUUAUCCUGGAUAUAACUAUCUGCAAAAUACUUUCAGCAUUUAUUGAUGAAAUUGACACAUUUGAUGAUAAAUGUUGAUAAUGUGAAUAAUAAAGCAGAACACUAGCUGUGUGCACAUGUAUACAUUUUUUUAUAUUUACAAAGAUGUAUACAUAUGCAUGUGUAUACUGUACAGUACUGACACAAUCCUGCAAGGACAUUAACACAGUAUAUACAGUGGAGGAAGAUGUAGUAACUAUUAGCAAAAUGUCUCGUAGGUAGGUGCUUUGUAUGUGUUUCAUGGAAAAGAGAAAAAUGUGGGUAAAUUGGCUUUGGUGCAGUACAAUUUAGUUUAUUGCAGUUAUCUAUCUUCAGUACAUCAUUAAUAACUUUUUUUUUUGCAAAAUCAAAACACCUGUAUUGCAGUGGGAAUUCAUUUGAGUUAAAACUGCUUCAAACACCAAAGGAACAAUGAUUCAAACGAAACAGGCAGGGGGCAGAUAAUGGAGUUCAGUACCAUAAGCCAAGUUGUCAUACCCAUUUUAUCUUGCUGUGUCUUCAGAUUUAUAUAAAACCUGAUAUGUCCAGACUCAACUGACCUGUGUGUGAGAGAGAGAAAGAGAGGGGGAUAGAAAAAGUUACUCCUGUGGUUUUCUUUCCUUUCCCUAGUAUCCUAUUAUGAUCCUUCCCCAGUCAUGCACACCUGGGACAGAUCAGACUGGCUCACCUGAAGUUUCCUCCAUUUCUUCUCCUCACUCCUGGUUUUCUUUAGCUUUGUCUCCCCUCCCUGCCACUCUUCAGCAAACCCUCUCUAGGGCCCUGCGGUCUCCUCUCUUUUCCAUUUUCCUGCUCUCGUUUCCUCAGUCAGCAAAGUCCCUUUCUCCCUCGUGAUGCCCCUAUUUCUUCAGCGUUGUCAACCUCUUCCCUCCUCUCUCCUCUCCACCGUUCCACCAGUCAGCAUGGUCGUCUAAACCUGCAUCACAUCUUUCUUUUGUGUUUUUCUUUUUCUGUCUGCCUCCUCCUCACCAUCUCCUUUGGCAGCCCUCCCAAGUCCUUACUCUGCCUACCUAAAGUGGCACUAAUGAUUCUAUUUUUGGUAAAUGCCAUCAGUCCAUGAUUAAAAAAGAAUGUAAAAGUGUAAACUAAAACUCCUGCACUUGGACAGAGGAGGCAGAGCAGCAGCAGAGUUCACUCAGCCGUAAUGCGAGUGACACUUAGUGACCUUUUGCAAACUUGCAGAUAUCUGAUUUUGUAAAUUGCUCAUGCUGGGAGCCAUGCUGUGCUGUAGUAGCGAUGUGGAGCAUGCAGUGUGACAAUCGCUCUGUUUGCAGGGGUGGAAUCCAAGACAAACCACCAUGAUGAGGAUUACCUUCAAGAUAUUGGACAUAUUUUUGUUGCCUCUCCUCUCCGUGUAAUUCAUUUUUGCGCUGUUGCAUUUUAAAAAAUACAGACACAGCAAAAAUUACAAUUACAAAUUAAGUGUUGAGGUUAGUCAGAAUAAAAUCUUUUAUAAAAGACAUACUCCUAAUGAGUUCCUAGUGAUUUUAUACCACAGAUUUGCUGCAAAACAAAUUGAUUGUGUAAAUAUUUUACAGUUAGAUUAGAAAAGAUAAGAGUUUACAAUUGAUAGCUUCACAAGCAAGGCUGAGUUUAAAGACUAUGUAACAUUUGCCUUAUGUUGGCCAGUGUGGGCAAAUUGCCAAUUAUCGUAUGUGUUAAUGCUAAAACAUAGUGGAAUACUACAGUGAUCAAGUCUGCUGUAAUGCCCGUUAUAUGACUGACAGCAUGUGCUCAAUCGACCUACAGUUUGCUAACAUUAGCUAACAUUAGCCACCAUAAGCUACUAGUCAUACUCGACCAAGUAAGGCUGUUGCAGCAGAACUACUGAUUGUAUUUAAUCGUAUUUUAUUGCUUAUGAAUUGGAAAAUUGUGUUAUAUCUUCUUUCAAAGGCAGUAUAGUCUUGCUUUUAUGUAUUUGUACUAGUUUAAAUGAACAUGAGGACAAAGCAUAUAUUAUGAAUGUAGGAAGAGGGGUUGUCUAUUUGUAAUUUUUAUCUAUAAUUUAAAGAAGAAUUCAUUCUGUGAAAGAUAUAUGUAGUUUGCCCUUAUUUCUAUAGGUUGUUUUAAAUUAAAUUGUAUAUUUUUCAGAGUAUAAGUAAAUGCUAAAUCUAUGUGUUGUGCCACACAUAGAUUUAGCAUUUACUUAAUACUCUGAAAAAUAUACAUAGAGCCAGGCAUAAUUAGUUCAAAGUCUACACAGCUAGUUUUCUGUUGAGUUCAGUGUUGCUGGGGAAAGAAUGCUCAACAGCAUGCUUUCUGACAUUGUAUGCUGAGGGUCCACUGUGUGCUGUGUGUGUCCAUGAAGGCGUGAAACUGUUGCACAUCAGGGAAAGGAAGAGCUGAUCCAAUAGAAAGCAAUUGGUCUUGAACGAAGCAUUUGAUUUUCCUGCUCUGGAAAAUCCAAUGGCAACAAGGGCAGGGGGGGCUUUAGCUCAAUAUGUGGCUUGGCUUGUGACACAAAAGCAACUCUUUGUCCUCUCUGCCUCCCUGUCCUCGGCUUUUGCUGGUUGCUGCUCCAUCAGUUUAAAAUGGACACUCAUGAACCGGAAUUUUGAUUUGCUGUCUUUAAUUAUAAAUUAAAAUUUCCAUGUUCUCACAUUCUUUUUCAAGUGCCACAAUAUAAAACUAUAUAUUUUUAUUAUUUUAUUCUAACUUCCCUCUUUAGUCUGAGCAUUUUAGAAAUUCUCAACCAUAUCAGUUCAAUCUCCCUGUUCUCUCCUCAUCAGUUCCUCUUAAUUUACUCCCUAAUUAUUUCCAAACACAAGCCAUCUGAAACAUGUGAUAAAACAUGAACUGCACAUAAUCUGUCAGGAUUGGACAUGGAAGGGAACUGCCUUGGGGAAGAUUUGUCCCCUCCCUGCUCCUCCGCCCCCACCCUCUACCCUCCUUUUUCUCUAUCUCUCUCUUUUCUCUUGGCUGCCUCUGUCGACUUGAUGAGCGUUCCCAAUGUUAACACAGAUUGAAUUUAUUAUUAAACAGACAGGACCUACGGUUUCCCUUCUGUGGUUUGAGUCAAAGCGUUGAAUCAAAGCCCCACCUGGCUGUUUAUUGUUAUUAUGAUUAUUAUUAUUAUUAUUACCAUUUUAGUAUUGUUGUUGCCAAAAUUCCAAUUUUUGGCUGAAUGUGGCUGUACUGUAUUUUAUGCUGUGAUUUAACCAGUGUUUUAUAAGCUGAAACUUGGGGGGGGUACUCUUAAUGAUAUAGAGAUUAAUCUGCCAUUUGUUGUGACAUCAUUGGCAUUUACAGGUUUACCAGAUGUUUUUUCAUAUAUGUAUGUACACAUUUAUAGAAACAUACCUCCAGCUGAGAGUUGAAAUGUUCGUUGCUGUAUUGUGGCUCCAUGUAGAAAACCCUUGAGCCCUCACCUUGUCAACUCGGUGAGUCAUCUUUCCAGAUGCCGCUGCUUUGAUUUUGGAGAAGGGUGAUGUCAGGCAACAGUCCCACAAGCAAAAUGUUUUGUUUGAUCCGGAGCAUUUCCUCUAGGCUGCCCUACAAGUUGCUUUGGGGAGCUAUGUUGACAGUACACGGACUCUCAAUCAGUGUAGUUACUUGACGUAUGACAACUUAAGCAAAUCUGACAGUGUAGAUUCUCUCCUCUUCCUCCGAUGGCGGGCCAAGGAACGUUGGGCAGAUGUUGGGCCAAACAACACUCCCAGAGCCUGGGAAUGUGGAGGCAUUUUAAUGAUGAUGUUUCAGCUUACUUUAACUGUCUAGGGAAAUGAUGGAGUCCCUACCUCGACAUCGAUUCAGUGACAAAGCUUCAUGUAAAAAUUACAUUGCAGUAUUUAGGGUUGGGAAAUGUGCAGGGAUAGAGUAUUGUACAAUGAUGUUCAAAAUGUAGUCGUGAUGAACACAAGUGCUUUUUAUCUUCAAAAAUCCUUAAUGUGUGUAGCAAACUUACAUGCUGUAUGUUUUCUCCAGUGUGGGAUUAUAAUUUACAGUAAGAUGCAACAGUCACUGACUAUUUAUAUAUUUAUUUAUUUACAUGUUUCUGGUGUUCAUUCAUGAAAGUGAUGUCAAAGAUUAUAACCCUCAGAAUAAUUACAGUAUUUUAGUUUACAGUUUGUACAAAAAAUGUGCCCUUCUUGUAAAAUAAACAUGUAUGUAUUUUUUUUUUCA